GCGCUGUACGCUCUAUGGGUAAAACUUUGUUAUUGGAGUAUUUUAUUCAUGUUUUGGAGGCGAAUUAUUGAAGCAGAUUGUCUUGGGUUUAAAAAUAUAAUUAUUUUAGACUGCCGGUCCGACACCUCAACAUUUAGAUGCUUUCAUCCAAAGUUCACCUUCAGGCUGCGAGUGUUUCGCUUUUAAAUCAGGCGAACAAUAUCUGGAUUUAGUAACAGAUUUAUUCACACAUUUAUUUUGUUAUUAGGAUGUUACAAUUCGCAUGGCGUCGCUCCGCGUUCAGGAAAACCAACAGUGAGUUUUUAGCACGGCGUUUAGCUGUAACUGUGUCAGAAGCUGUCACUUUUCAUCAGAACUUCGGGGUCAAUAGAAGGUAUUCUGUCCAAACUACCCAAUCACCACCACCACCUGUCCUGCGACCAUUUCUCUGUCCUCAACCGGUCUGUCCCUCCAGGCUGCCUAUCUUCAUUAGAAUGGCAUCAGGAGGUGAAGCUCCAUCCUCCCCUCCUCACAAACACACUAACAGGCUGGUCAAAGAGAAGUCACCGUAUCUGCUGCAACAUGCACACAACCCUGUCGACUGGUAUCCUUGGGGACAAGAGGCUUUUGACAAAGCCAAAAAGGAAGACAAACCCAUCUUUUUAUCAGUGGGCUACUCUACCUGUCACUGGUGCCAUGUGAUGGAACGAGAAUCUUUUGAAGAUGAGGAAAUAGGUAGAAUCCUCAGUGACAACUUUGUUUGCAUCAAAGUAGACAGAGAGGAGAGACCUGAUGUGGACAAAGUUUACAUGACUUUUGUUCAGGCAAUGGGUGGAGGUGGAGGCUGGCCCAUGAGUGUGUGGCUGACCCCAGACCUGAGACCUUUUGUUGGAGGAACCUACUUCCCUCCUAGGAACCAUGGAGCAAGACCUGGUUUUGGAACAGUCCUGACUAGGAUCAUGGAUCAGUGGCAGAAUAAUCGUCCUGCCUUGGAGACCAGCGGUCAGAAAGUCAUAGAUGCGCUGAAGAAUCACACCACUAUCGCUGCAAACCCAGGACAAAGUCUAGCCCCUGCCCCAGAUGUUGCAAACCAUUGCCUCCAGCAGUUGAUCAAUUCCUACGAGGAGGAGUACGGAGGAUUCAGAGAUGCCCCCAAAUUCCCCACACCAGUCAACCUGAUGUUUCUCAUGUCCUACUGGUCUGUGAAUUGCUCCACCUCAGAGGGCUUAGAAGCUCUUCACAUGGCUCUGCACACGCUCCGUAUGAUGGCACUGGGUGGCAUCCACGACCACGUGGCACAAGGUUUCCACCGUUACUCCACCGACUCCUCCUGGCACGUCCCCCACUUUGAGAAGAUGUUGUAUGACCAAGCUCAGUUGGCUGUAGCCUAUAUCACCGCCUCCCAGGUGUCAGGUGAGCAGUUUUUUGCUGAUGUUGCGAAGGACAUCCUGCGCUACGUCUCCAGAGACCUGAGUGAUAAGUCCGGCGGCUUCUACAGUGCAGAGGACGCCGACUCUGUCCCAGCAUCUGGAGGAACCAAGAAGCGUGAGGGAGCGUUCUGUGUCUGGACAGCGUCUGAGAUCCGACGGCUUCUGUCCGAUGUGGUAGAGGGCGCCAAAUCUGCUGCCACCCAGGCAGACAUCUUCAUGCACCACUAUGGGGUCAAGGAGCAGGGAAAUGUGGAUCCAGAGCAGGACCCUCACGGUGAGCUGCGGGGACAGAAUGUGCUGAUCGUGCGUUAUUCUGUCGAGCUAACAGCUGCUCACUUUGGCAUCAGUGUGGAGAAGGUCAACCAGAUCCUGUCCUCCGCCAGAGCCAGGAUGGCAGAUGUGAGGAAGAGGAGGCCCCGCCCACAUCUGGACACUAAGAUGCUGGCGUCUUGGAAUGGUCUGAUGCUCUCAGCCUACGCACGCGUCGGUGCCGUUUUACAGGACGGGGCCCUGCUGGAGAGGGCGCUGAAGGUCGGCACCUUCCUGAAGGAGCACAUGUGGGACGGGGAGAGCCGGACCGUCAUUCGAUCCUGUUAUCGUGGAGACCAGAUGGAGGUGCAGCACAUCUCGCCAACAAUCUCUGGCUUCCUGGACGACUAUGCGUUCGUCAUCCGCGGCCUGUUGGACCUGUACGAGGCCACGCUGCAGACGGCCUGGCUCCAGUGGGCCGAGGAGUUGCAGCUCCAUCAGGACGAGCUGUUCUGGGACCAUCAGGGCGGGGGUUACUUCUGCAGCGACCCCAGUGACAGCACAGUGCUGCUGCAGCUGAAAGAGGAUCAGGAUGGAGCAGAGCCCAGCGCUAACUCUGUGUCGGCCUCCAAUCUACAGCGUCUCUCUCACUACACUGGGAGACAGGAGUGGCUUCAGAAGUCCCAGAAACUGCUAACAGCUUUCUCUGAGCGCCUCACCAAGAUUCCCAUCGCCCUGCCUGAAAUGGUUCGCUCUCUGAUGGCUCAGCACUACACCCUGAAGCAGAUCGUGAUCUGUGGCCACAGGGACGCCGCAGACACCAAGAGCCUCCUAUCAGCAGUUAAUUCACUCUUCAUACCGUAUAAGGUCUUGAUGCUGAUCAACAGUGAUGACAGCUUCCUGUCCCAGUUUCUUCCCGCCCUCACCUCCAUGAAACAACAGGGUGGUGUCGCCACAGCCUAUGUUUGCCAGGACUUCACUUGCUCCCUUCCCAUCACUGACCCCGAGGAACUUCGUCGGAUCCUGCUGGAAGGGAUCACGGACACUCAGAGGGAAUGACUGUUAAAGGACUUCACAGGUGGAAAAAUUAGACUUUGUAGUAAUUAGAGAGCUUAAAUCUAAGCUCCACAGGAGGAGCAGAGACACCAGGAUGUGACUAGAGCUACACUCUUCAACGCCAGCCUGGUCUUCAUGAGCAGCAUGAGCUAAACAUUACCUCAAUGGCAACUUUAACCUUCACAGUGAUGUGAGUAAGUCUUUAGACUUUAGGUUUCACCUUGAAAAAAAAACAAAUGUACUUUCUUUAUUCAAGUAUUUCUGAAAUCUCAAAUCUAUAAAAAAUUGUUGAUAAACCAGUUAUACAGUUCUGAAAAUGCCCAGUGUGACCGGUGUAACAUGGAUAGAGUGGUGGGGGAUUUCUACCAUCAUCAUUCUACAUCUCUAGAACAGAGGCUCAGCCAAACAUAAAUAACCUAGUAGAAAAAUAGAAACAAAACAAAAAACAGUGCUCAACACAGAACCUUGAAGUCUCAUCUUAUAACAGAAACAUUAUAGCACAAGAAUUGAAAACAUCAAUGCUUCUCUUGAUAUUGAACUUUUCACCAGUGUCUUAGUCUUCUUGCAAAAGUUACAGGCAGAAUAAAAGUACGUACGUUGCAUCUUAAUGUUAGAUCUCAUAGUCUCAGGGUCCCACCAAAACCACAAAGACUGUGAUAGUCAUGAUAAAAACUAAAAUGCAAUAUUUUGAAAUGGCGAUAAGAUCAUACUUAAGACCCCAGCUUGAGCGCAUUAAUGUCUUAGCAUUGCUGCAUAUUAGCAGACUGUAAGAUAAUUAAAUAUUAUAUUUGGUUAAGGAAAUUUAUAUAAGAUAACUCAUACAAACAGCAGUGGCAGCUUUUUAGCAUUUAGACUGUUAGCUUCAAAGUAACUUACAACACACCACACAGACACAUCAGUGACCUUUUGGAUAAUCUCCACCUGCAGUAUUUUUUUUUUUUCAGUUUUAUCCUUAUUCUCUCCUGUUCCCAGUGUUUAUUUUUCCACAUUUGUGUCACAUGGAUGUGACAGCACUUGCCUGCAUGUCUUGGUUCUGUAUGGGUUUAUCUUUGUAUGUUUUUUGUGUCUGUAGAUGUUAAAAUUUAAGGAACAUGUUCCAACAUCCUCACAGAAAAGGACUUUCACAUAUGUUCUCGUCCUGAUCUGUUAUCCUUUGCUGUUCUUUGUGCAAUUUAUGUAUAAAAUAUAUCAGAGCAGUGCUCACAAAUAUGCAGUGAACAA